GAGAGAAACGUCAAAAACGGGCAAUCAAAACAGCAUGUUUUCGUUCGCAGCGCGGUGUGUUUCGGAAUGAGUUUUGCAACUUUUACCUGAAAUAGUGUUUAAAUUUGUGAAAAUCAUCAUAAAAUAGCAUCGAGCAACGCGGAAUGGGUCUCACGAAACAAUAUUUGGCUUUUAAGCCGGUGGCAAACUUCAACAUCAUUGCCAGUGGACGCGCCAAUGUUGCAUUCGUUAGUGUCGGCGGCGUGGAUGGGCGCUUCGUGGCCGUGGCCGGAGCCGAACAGGUUCUGGUGUGGAACACUAGACUAGGCGAGAAAGUGCUGGAAUUUGCGCGGGACAAGCAGGAGGUGACUUUCCUUCGGCCGAGCCCAGAUCGCAAGCAUCUGGCCGUGGGCUACACGGAUGGCGUGAUCGAGAUGUUCAGCUUCGAGAGCAAACAGUCGGUCUGUACAUUUUCGGCGCACCGAUCGGCAGUCAGCGCCAUGAACUUCGACCUCAUCGGACUCAAGCUGGUCUCCGGUGGGUUGGAUAACGAUCUGGUCGUUUCGGACGUAGUGGCCCAGAGUGGAAAGUGUCGGCUGGUGGGACAUAAUGGAGCCAUUACGGAGGCUUGUUUCAUGGAGAGGUUCCAUGAUGUGGUGGUAUCCAGCUCGAAGGACACCCAGAUCAAGUUUUGGAACAUUGAAACCCAGAGCUGCUUCAAAACGAUCGUUGACCAUAGGACUGAGGUGUGGGGCAUUGCUUUGAUGCGCAACGAUGACUUCUUGGUGGCAGGAUCAGGCGACACACAGUUGGCUGUGUACAAAAUUGCAGAAAAUACGAGCAAUGCGGUGGAGGAACCGACAGGAGAUUUGGGCGAUUUGUUGCUGGAAUCGGAAGCUACGAGUCCUUUCAGAUGCACCCAGAUAGGAAACAUCCAGCGAUCGGGAUUUGGCCGUACAAUCAACUUGGUUGUGGAGAAUAACGGUCAAAUUUUGGGCUGUCACGGAACCGAUAAGAAGAUUGAACUGUUCUACUUUUACAGCGUGGAUGAGGCCUUGGUUCGAUUGACGAAACGCUUGAAAAAGCUGGAUGCCAAGUCUAAGGCAGACGACACCAAUGCCAAUGCCAAUUUGGCCGAGCGUCAGCUCUCGUUAGUCGAUGAGAUCAAACGUCUUCCAGCGAUCAGCGUCCCGGAGAAGGUCAAGUCGUUUGAUUUGCUGUUGGGAAGCAAUGAUGAGCUCCGAAUAUGCGUUACCUUCGUGAAGAAUUUCAUCCAAGUUUUCACACUGAACGUGGCGGAAAAGCAUGCUGAAGCAAGUGCCAUCCACACCAUUCGCCAGCAGGGUCAUCCUUCCGAAGUUCGUUCCGUGGCCUUCAGUUCAGAUAGCUUGGCAAUCGCUUCCGGAAGUGGAGAAUCGCUGAAGUUGUGGAGCAGAGCUUCACAGUCUUCUUUGAGAACGGUAGACACCGGGUACGUGGUCAGUACUUGCUUCGUCCCGGGCGAUCGGCACGUUUUGGUGGGUUUGAAAACCGGCCAAUUGCUCAUCGUGGACAUCGUUACGGGAGAGAUCAUCGAACGGAUCGCAGCCCACGAGAAGGAGCUCUGGAGCAUUGUUCUGACGCCGGAUAUGCGAGGUUGUGUUACUGGAGGUGGCGAUACGACAGUCAAGUUCUGGAGUUUUGAGCUGAUCGCCGAUCCCACAAAGGACGCCAAAAGCGAAGUUAAAGUACUCUCUUUGCUUCACAAGAAUGUCCUGAAGUUAGAGGAAACCGUAUUGUGCGUUCGCAUAUCUCGCAAUAGCAAGUACAUUGCUGUUGCUCUGUUGGACUCUACAGUGAAAAUCUUCUUCCUGGACACGCUGAAAUUCUACCUCUCCUUGUACGGACACAAGCUUCCUGUUCUUUGUAUGGAUAUCUCGUACGACUCAACAAUCAUCGUCACUGGUUCCGCCGAUCGAAGCAUCAAAAUCUGGGGCAUGGACUUCGGCGAUUGCCAUCGAUCACUCAUUGCGCACGACAACUCUGUCAUGGGCCUCCAAUUCAUCCCAAAGACUCACUUGUUCUUCUCCUGUGGCAAAGACGGAAAGCUCAAGCAAUGGGACGCAGAUAGCUUCGAAAAGAUCAUUACCCUCCCAGGACACGUUGGCGAAGCGCACAGUCUUGCUGUCAGUCCCAACGGAAAGUUUGUCGUCACUUGCGGCUCAGAUCGAACCCUACGCCUCUACGAACGUACCGAAGAACCCCUCGUACUCCAAGACGUCCAAGAAGAGGAACGCGAAGAACUGGAGAAUAACACACUUGCCACCGGCGAAGAAUCUACCGUUCCCGGUUUACCUGGUCUCAAGCUUCCCUCCAAGAAAACCAUCGGCGCGGAAAAGGCUGCCGAAAACAUCCUCGAAUGUUUGGAAGUUAGCAAGAAGUUCGAAGAGGAAGACACCAAAAACAUCAUCCCACCGCUGAUGUACGCCUAUGAAGCCACCAACACCGAUGACUUCCUAUUGGCGGUUCUCACCCGCAUCCGAGCCAGUGACCUGGAGGAAGCCCUUCUGCUUCUUCCCUUUUCCGCAGUCUGUGAACUGCUCGAGCGAAUCCCAAAGCUGACGGAAACUCGCCAGGAUCAAACCGAAACCAUCUGCAAAGUAGUCCUGUUCCUGUUCCGAAUCCACCAGAAACCCAUCGUCAACAACCAGAUGCUGCUGCCAGUGAUUCAGGAAAUCAUCGGCAAGCUGCAGGGAGCGAUUGUCGGACUGCGGGACAUGAUCGGGGUCAACUUCCACGGUAUGCAAAUGCUCCAGCGGGAGGUGGAAGCCAACCAGGGUGUAGAACUGUUCCGCGAUGCCACCAAGACUCGCAGGCAGAAGGACAUGCGCCGCAAGAGGAAGGAGGCGGCUGCCAAGCGGGCGUUUGUACAGAUUAGCACAUAGGAAGUUUGAUUUAAUAAAGCUAUGUAAGGUCCCUUAUGUCAUACCUUAAUAAAGUUCUUACGCAAAUAGA